CCGAUUCCAUUCACCUCAACCUACCGCAUCAAGGCCACUCCUGACCAGGUCGUCGAUGCCAACAACACUGCCACUGGUGGUCUUCCAGGCUGCACCGGUUACUACGACUUCGGCAUCAACAGCGAGCUCGACACUAUCUGCUACUACAUCAAGUUCGAAGGCUUCCGUGGCGAGUACCAGUCGCCAGCCGACACUGCUACCCACGUCCACGAGGCUGCCAAGGGCAAAUCUGGCCCACCACGUCUUGCGUUUCCCAACCCAAAGCCAGUCCCUGGCAAGAACUACCGUGUGUCUGCUGGCUGCUUGACUGGACCAUUCGAGACUGGCGUCGUCAACAACGCUACCGGCAUGGACACAGGUGCCGGCUUCAAGGUCAAGCAGAUUGAGGACAGUCCAUGGGGAUUCUUCGCCGAUGUACACUCGAGCUUGGCUGUU